AUGGCGGAGGAGCCCCUGGAGGAAGAACUGAAGAAGCUGGAGAGAAGUUUUCCCGGAGAGAAGGGCGACAAGGUCUGUGAAGGGCAGAAACCGAUUGCCCCGCACCUCUUGGGACCUCGGACAGUCGCCUUCCUCCCUCCCCACUGAAGGGUUUGGGGCAGGAUGAUCUGAAGGUGUUCGCUGGCCAACACCACAAGGUGAAGAGCCAUUCAUGGAGAAUGCAGGAAACCACCUGGGACCAUCAAACCUCUGACUAUUGGAUCUCACUUCUUUCUGCAAAACUUAGAUCAUGUCACGGUCUACCCCAAGGUGAGAUACAGAAAUGAUGGAAAGUGUUGCCAGAAGAGAACUGAGGCUGUGAGCUAUGAGAGCUGGAGGAACUAAACCAGAAACUUUUCAGCUUUCUGUUUACCCUAUUGAUUGAUGGACUGGGUGAAAAGGCCACGGGCUGAGCCAUAAUUAUUUUUUUUUCUUUUCCAGUUUUCAUUUCCCCCAACGCUACUGGAGCUUCAGUACCUGCCCUGCAGACAUGGAGCAGCAGUACCUUGAACUCUAUGCUGAACACAUGCAAGACAAAUUCAGCUUCAGCCUGAUAGAGAAGAACAAGGAUGAGCUAGUAUGGGAGGCCUAUGUGAGACAAGGUGAGGUUUGACCAAGGGAGCGCCACAAGGGUGGACUAUAGAAAGAUGGAAAAGGACAUCCAAGCCACAUGCCUUGACUGCCUCUUUCCCGAUCUCUUUCAGAAGAGCUGAAGUCUUCUGUUUUGCACCCAGCACAAGGUCAGUAAGAAUGAUUUGUUUAUUUCCCUUGACUUAUAGUUAUUCACCACCACUACCGCCCAUGCUUGAAAUGUGCAGAAGGGCACAUUAUUGGAAGGGUUCUCCCCAGUCCCCCUCACCCCAUACGACAUCACUUAAGAACUUCUAGAUUUUACAGCUCUACACCUGGCAAACUUCCUCUUUCUUAUUAUGAAAUCAAUCAUGCUUGUCAAGAAAUGGGAAUGCUGGCAACUCAGCAAAUUCUUCAUAUCAAAAGCAACUCAGACUCUGAGUUUGUAUAUCCUGACUUCCUUUCCCGUUUGUUGUGUUUGUUGUAACACUUGGGAUCAUGCAUCUAAACUGGAGGAUAUUCUAGAGAGCUUUGGACAAAAUUUGGAACUUCUGAUUCACCCUCUGUUUUGCUUCUGUCUGCAUGCUUCAUACAUAUGUGCGCUCUCUUCCUUUCCAGGUCCUAGUGGCUGCAUUCAGACCUCUGCACUGUCCUUCAGUACUGCUUCAACAAUCGGUGAGUCUCUCCUCAUAUUUAAUACAGUCAAACCAACAAUUCAUGUUUUGCCAGAUAGGUGCAUGAAGGGGCUGAGGCUCAAAGAGUUUUCCUAUAAACUUGCCGGAGAGAACUCCAUGAGAUCACUUCCUCUUUGUGUCCUGACAGGAAGAGGGCAUAGUUAUAUAUGCUCCUCCCUGCCUGGGCACUAUCUCCUUUUCUACUCUUUUCCACCAUGGUACAACAUGAGAACAUCUCUAAGUCUGAGCUCAAACUCAGACUCCAUUUUUAAGCUAGACUUAGUCUGUCUUAGUAACUCAAUUACCUGCUUGCAUCAAGCUACUGUACCUGUUAUUCUUCAAGAUGUAUUCUGAGUAGAUGCUAUUUUUAUGUCUUAGAAGACUGCUUUUCUGUAAUUAUUAUUUUAAGGGAGAGAAAAGGGGAUAAAAAUCCUGGAUUACUAAAAGUAAAAAGCUAAAGCUAGCCUUUCUAAGGAAGGAAGGAUGAUAUCUAAUAAAUAUAACCUUCCCUAGCACCUAAUCAAAUCCAACAAUAUUCUCAGUUGUUUUCAGUCUCUGCAAUUGUCUGAGAGGCUGAAGUGCUUCAAGGAAGAUAAGUUCCCUAUUUAGUGAAAUCUAGGGAGAGAUGAGCCAUCUACAACUGUGUGUGCGUGUUUAAGUCAAUUCUUUUUAUUUUCAUCUGACAGAGGUCCACCCUCCAUUCUCAUCUGAGAUGCAUUUAAUUGGCCAUCACCAGGAACAGCCGAUCCAGAGGAUCACCAAUGUCGAAGAGGUUCUGCAUGUGCUGCUUGGCACUCUCCUGGAUGAGGAGCGGUACCAAAAAAUCUCCUCAAGAGACACCAGCCCAGAAAAAAAAAUGAGGGAGCUCUACAGGCUGGUGCCAAGCUGGAGCAACACUUGCAAAGACUUGUUUUACAAAGCACUGAAAUCCAAACACAAGUUCCUUAUUGCUAACCUUGAGGGGAAAUAAGACCAAGAGAGACAAUAGGAACUCCAACUGUAUUUUCUGUGGUCUUUGACACUGGUUGUGGCUCUUUUACUGUUUCUGAAUUCCAUUGUUGUAAGAGCACAACAAAAUGGCAGGAAAUUGCCUAAGUCUCACAGUUCCUUCCCAUGUAAUUUUUUUUAACCUGUCACCAAGCAGUUACUGCUAAACAGACCUGCUGUACAAUUGUUGUCAUUGUUGUUUUAUUAUUGUUGCAAUAACAACACAAGGCCUCAAACUUUGACAGAAGGACAUCAACAGAAGUUGUUUUUCUGAGCAUGAAACAUAGACAGACACUUAACACAGCAUCUCUCCACAGUCUCUUAUUUUAUUUAACAAUGCAUAGCACUUACACAAUAAAACCCCUCAGUUAUAAGCUUGUAUCGUGACUCUUUCCAUCAUCACAUUCCCUGUCAAGGAGAGCUUUGACAACAUCCUGAAAGGGCUGCUGCAGGAGGCAGAUGUCUUGGCUACCCAAAGGAUGUCAGGCUGGGGAGGCAGGCGGAAUUCUGGUGUGCUUCAAUACAGUUCUGGAAUUAAGGGCGGUGUCCUGGGCCCCCUUUUUGUGCCAGCCCUUUUGUCUUCCAUUUUUAGAAGGCUACAGGUUGGGGCAUGACGUGCCUUACCCUGGUGGGCCUUUUACACAUCCUAAAGGGCAGCACAGUAUAUCACACACCCAAUUUGCCCACCAGAGAGCACAGCAGAAUUGCUGCAAAUCCGAAUUUUUAAGCCAGGUCUCUUCCCACUCCCCGCCUGCAUGAAAUGGUUGCUCCUUGGCCCUCUGCAUCCCUUCGCUUCUUCCCACAUUCCCACAUCCUUAUCCCAGCCUUAGAUCCCAGGGACAAAAAGCCCCUUCCCUUUACCCCAGUAUAGGAGAAACUCAGAGCUAACCAAAACAUCCCAGGAAAAUCUUGAGCGGGUUCUGGAGUCCUUCCUUCCUGGGGGCCCUUGCACACUCACUUAAACUCAGGGCUGAGCAGGAGCACUGGAAAGGAGAGAGCAACAAGAAUAUUUAUGAUUAUGAUUAGUUAUUACAUUUCCUAGUCUCUAUACAAAAAAGUCUCAAAGCAACUUAGCAAUAUAAAAUACAGCUGGAUAAAAUCUGUUAAAAUUAAACCACAAGACAUCCAAAAAAUACAGAGAAAUUGUUCCAAUUUAUAGUGCUUUUUGGGUUCUGUUCCAAUGUUUCUUUAGCCAUUCCACUGUCAAACAGCUCUUACUGUCCAAAAGGUCUUCCUUGAAGCCAUUGGUUUGAGUCCUUCCCUCUAGAACAGAACACAGGCUUGUUCCCUCUUCCAUGUGACAGCCCUCUAGAUAUUUGAAGACAGCUAUCUCCUCUCAGUCUCCCCUUUUCUAGGGUAAACAUACCCAGCUCCUUCAACCCUUCCUCUUAAGGCUUGGUUUCCAGACCCUUGAUCAUCUUGCUUGCUUCCCACUAUCCAUAUUUCCACAGAUAUAUUCUGCUUUUUUUGUUUGCUUGCUUGCUUUACCUGCAGUGAGUCUUAUGACAACCUUUGAUAUUCAAAACUGGGGAAAAGCCUCCACCUCAGAUUUCCUUUUAAUAUCAUAAAUCAGUGCUUUUUUUCUGGGGAGGCCGCAGGGGCACGCAUACCCCUAAACAUUUUGUGAAUCUUUGUACUUUUGUCCAUUUACUGUAUUUAAUUUUCCCCAAUUUGAACAAUAAAAUGAUGAUUUUCUUGAGUUAAAAUGAGAGUACCCCUAAACAUUUUUUUAGAAAAAAGCACUGCCAUAAAUUCUCUAUCGGCGUUGCCACAAAUCCGCUGCCAGCGAAAAAAGCCAGAGGCAUAGCUGUCAAGCAUAGCUGGAAGUGAGAGCUGGACCAUAAAGAAGGCUGAUUGCCGAAGAAUUGAUGCUUUUGAAUUAUGGUGCUGGAGGAGACUCUUGAGAGUCCCAUGGACUGCAAGGAGAUCAAACGCAUCCAUUCUUAAGGAAAUCAGCCCUGAGUGCUCACUGGAAGGACAGAUCGUGAAGCUGAGGCUCCAAUACUUUGGCCACCUCAGGAGAAGAGAAGACUCCUGGAAAAGACCCUGAUGUUGGGAAAGAUGGAGGGCACAAGAAGGGGACGACAGAGGACGAGAUGGUUGGACAGUGUUCUCGAAGCUACAAACAUGAGUCUGACCAAGCUGUGGGAGGCAGUGGAAGACAGGAGUGCCUGGCGUGCUCUGGUCCAUGGGGUCACGAAGAGUCGGACACGACUAAAUGACUAAACAAUAGCUGUCAACUUUUCUCUUUUCUUGCGAGGAAUCCUAUUCUGAUUAACGGAAUUUCCCUUUAAAAAAGGGAAACGUUGACAGCUACGGAUAGGAAGGCGAUCUCAGAGGAGCCCGCCCCCGGGGUUUUUCUGACACUCCUCCUUCUGACUAGGAGGAAGCAAGAGCGGGACAAGACUGAUAGGUAGCAGCAGAGCGGGCUGAGCUCCUGCUUGAGAAAAUCAGAUGCAGGAAGACGCCCCUUCGAACGUCCUCUCGGCAAUCGCGGACUCCGUCCCCGCCGUCGAGUCCGCUGGUGUCGGAAGCGGGGUUCCUUCUCUACGGACGCGACACGCCACGCGACCGAGAAUGUGGGCGGGCGGCCCACAGACAGAGGACAGAAAUCGGCGCAGAGCUUCUCUGCCCGAGGGAAGAGGAAGUAGCAGCCCGGUAAGGAGAGAGGAGUCGGUCAGGGCCGUUGGAAGAUCUCUGAGCGCAGGCGGUGGAAUGCUGUGGACGCGGCGGCACCAGAUGCUCCCCGUCUAUAGCCCUUCGCGCCGUUCCGUGAGCGCCCCAGAGACUUUGGGGGGGGGAGAGGCGCGUUGCAGAGAAAAAAACACAUCUUCUCGGAGGAUGCCCUGGACCUUGAAGGAUACCACUCUGGCACUUAUGACUCUGAAAGACCAAGAGUCCAGCUGAGGCAAAUACACACCCCCUUGUUCGGUGCUCUGGGCUUUGAAGGAUACAACUCUUACGUCACCAAUGAUGCCUACAAACCUGCUGACAUCUAUGGUGACGUUAACUCUGGGAGAGAAAACCGCUUCAUUUCAGGCAUCCAGGUAGGGAACUGCAGUACCCUCUGCUUGAAGAAGUCUCUGGCCCCUGAGGUUCAUCCUGGGAGCUCUUCUGAAGAGGAUUCUGGGCUCCCAAUGAAAUCAUUUCUGCUGUCAGGUCACCAUUUGACCUAUAAUAGAGCCAUCUAUGGUCUCCUGGCGUGCACCCUGGAGAGUUUAGAUGAGUCCGAGCUAAAAAAGUUCAAGGGCGAACUCUGCCAUUUCUACAUUCCGAUGGGCGAUCUCUAGGUCACCCAGAACUGGCUGCAGGAACGUGGUGCUUGGACUCUCUGCCAUCUGCUGCUCAGACACUAUGAUGUGGAUGGUGCCGUGGAGGUGGCAGCCAAAGUGCUGAAGGCCAUCGACUGCCAGCCGCAGGCGGACAAGCUUCUCCAUGGAAGGGCAAGUAAGGACCACGGAAAGGGGAACAUUUGUUUGAGCCUAUUAUCUCCUCAUGAAGAAAUGUGGGCUGGAGGAAGAGAGGUUUCUUUAGCUGGGUCGUGUUUGUCAUAAACUUAUUAUUUACAUUCUCAGUGUGUCUUAACCAAUUGGAGGGAGGACUCAGAAAUCGCAGGUCUCUCUUCCUAUAUUUCUAUUAUUUUAUUGCAUAAAAAUUAUACCUCAGUUGGUUGUAAAAAAACCAACAACCCUCAAGCAGUUUUAAAUGCCCCUCUUUGCCCUUCCUCCACCUCACAUUAUUUCUUCGCAUCGUUUCAACAUGGACAUUAAAUGGCAAGAAUAACAUUAUUUAUCAUCUUUGCAUUGUAGCUUUUUCAUGCUUUAUUCACUUCCCCUUCUUUGCAAUUAUUUUGAAAAAUGAUACUACAAAUACACAUGGGUGCACACAACCAGUGAUCUCAAACAGACACAGUUUUCUCCUGUGACCAAGAGCAGAUGUCUUUUACUAGUUAGAAGUAGUUUCAUCAGGGUUUCUACUUGUAAUCAGGUCUGACUUUCAGUAUAGAAUAAAUAGGAAUUUAUAGUAUGAGAUAAAUAAUAAAAAUUUACAGCAAAAUUGCUGUGGGUUCCAUCCCUCUUCAGAUCAUCUCUUGUUCCCAUUUCCCCACUUUGAUUUAUCCAUGUCAGGAUGCCUGUGUUAUCAAAGAGUUGUGUGUGUGUGUGUGUGUGUGUGUGAGAGAGAGAGAGAGAGAGAGAGAGAGAUUGGGUUAACAACCGAAUUAGUACCAUCUCUACUUUUUGCAUUCCAUUUCCUGACGACCCAAAGGUUUACAGUCCCAAUCUGUGGGUGCAAGUACAUCCCACUGAACUCAGUAGGCCUUUCCCCUAUUCCUCAUACAAGCAGAACAAGGUGAAAUUCACUUCACAUUUGUCUAAUCUUCAAGGUUUGCUUCUUCAUUUUCACAGCAGCCAUGUGGGAAAAUAAAUCACUGACCUUGUUUUUACAGGCAUUCCUGAGUUCUCAGUGCAAGUAUCAGAAUCCCCUCUAUUUGCAGAGAAAGGGCAGUGCCGAAAGACAAGCCCUGCAGAUUCCAGGAAAAGUGUAUUUUGCUACCAGUGUCCUAGAGAGGUAAAGGGCUGGACUCAUUCUGGUUUGUAUUAGCCCCUAUUAACACCUAACGUGAAUUUGAAUUUCAAGCUUAGGUAAGUUUGUGGUUUUGCUAUUCAACACGAAUUACAGUGGUACCUCUGGUACCUCGGGUUAAGUAUUUAAUUCAUUCAGGAGGUCCGUUCUUAACCUGAAACUGUUCUUAACCUGAAGCACCACUUUAGCUAAUGGGGCCUCCUGCUGCCGCCGGAGCACGAUUUCUGUUCUCAUCCUGAAGCAAAGUGCUUAACCUGAGGUACUAUUUCUGGGUUAGCGGAGUCUAUAACCUGAAGCGUAUGUAACCCGAGGUACCACUGUACUUGGAAUGGACAGGUGUCUCCAACACAAAUAAUUGUUGUUGUUUUUUGUUGUGAGCUGCAAAUGGCCAACUGCACGCACUCCUAUUGUGAUUGCUGUAUAUAGCGUGGAAAUGUUCUGUGUGGGAUCUAUACUAUGAUGUUAUCAAUUUGCAAUAAUCCCAUGUUUCAAUAGAAUUCCUCAGAUUUCAACCUGUCCCCAGUGUCUGAAGGAGCAGGAGGCAAUUCUUUGACUAAAGCAGAGGGUGUGCAUCUUGACUCCUGUGUACCUGCAUGCAAAUGCAUUGAUAUGACUACAAAAUGUUGGUUCACUACUUCCUUGCACACCCACCCAUCCUUAUCUUUCCUUACCUAGAGAGUGCAGGUAAUUUAAUAUUUUUGGGUUACAUCUGCCUUUGGUAAGUACACUGAGAUCUUUGGAAAGAAUGGCAAAUAUUCUGUAAACAUUUUUGGGUAAAAGUCUAGAUUAAAAAGAAAAGAAAAGACAAUGCCUGUAAUCACCAUACUAUAGCUCAUUGCCAAAACAAACACAAAAGGCAGAUGCUGUGACAUAGCAUUUAGUGUUUCUAUAGGGGCUCAAGCAGUGCUCCUUGGUGUAGGAACUAGGGCACUGCAAGAAGAUAAGAAUGCCUAUAUUUUCAGAUAGGAUGGGCAGUAUGGCAUAAAUAUUAAUCAUUACUGCUUUGUCACAGGAUCUUCCAGAGAGAAUCAUACCAGAUGUGGUUUGGGAUUCACAAAGGAACCAUGAAAUCUACAGGUGAGAUCUUUUUACAAUCUCUGCAUUCAAAUAAUGUUUUCAACAUUGAAUUGUCUGCUGACAAUUCUGGGAAAGGUACUACAGAACACAUUCAACUAAUGUGGGUCUCAAGGAGGCAUACCCAAAAUCACCCCAGAAAUAUACAAUGUAUAUGUGUGUGUGGCGACAUCUCAGAGAGAUCAAACACAGAAGUUUCCCACCCUUCUCGUACUGCAGCACAAAGGCAACGUGAUUCGCAGGGGGGUGGGGUUGCUGAUACAGCUCCUUGCAAGGCCACAAAAGACCCUAGGUACAUCUCUGGGGUCUCAUGGUCUUCAUAUAACCAGCUUACAUCUGUGACAGCAUGUUGUGAUUGUGUGGUGGGUGAAUUCUGUUACAGAAAAGCUUAUCUGCCAUGGUAAUGGAAGGGAGAUUGGAGCCCUCCCCAUGCUCACUGGAUUUGGCUGGUUGAGAGAAUUACUAAGAGUCACUCACACAACCUUUUGUUAGUUCCAGCAUUUAAAAGCACUUUUUUCCAGUACCGAAAGAAGCCUUACUUACUUCCUGGGCAGUCUUGUAGCCAAAAUACUUCUCUAUGACAAAAUGCUAUGUGUGUGUGGCAAGAUGUUUGCUUGGGAGAUUCUCUUUACUAAAAGCUUCAUCCCUAUACUUGGCCACUGUGUAGCAAAGAGCUUUCAAAGGGAGCCCAUAUUUUUCUUAUCCUUACCCUUCUAAUCAACUCUCCUCAUCCCCAUACAGCUUCCAAUAUGUUAUUUGCAUAGGUCUGCCACCCACACAGCUAUGGAAAUGUUCAGGGAUGCAGGAGAGGAUAUAUUGUUUGAUUAUAGCCUUUCCAACUUGUGUAAACAAGUUCACAAUUUAGCAGGGUAACAUUCCCCUUUUUAAACUCACAGCAGAUGUGUGUUUGCUCAGGCUCGCUAAAGCCUCUAUAAUAACUGUUCUGGUAUUUUCCCCUUAUUCCCUCAUAAAAGAUAAGACACGACACAGUCUUAUUUAAAAGUAUAAAAAGUUUACUCACAUUCUGUUCACAAUCGGAUCCCAGAAGGCAGACUUAGCUUAGAAAAGUAACAUGCACCUGGAAACUAUCCCAUAAACAGACAGUCCCUUUGUCCUCUCUUGGCUGGAGGCCAAGAGAGCAUCUUUGGCUAAGCAGAUGUUGCUUCUUCGACAAAAGUAGACACACAGAGAGAGAUGGCUGUCCUGCCCUGUGCUUUUGUCGUUACCUGCACAGGUGAGGCCACGCCCACCUCUAGUCACAUACAUAGGAAGUCUGUCCCAGCCCAGAAGGAAACAGGAAGUUAACCUGCUGGCUGGACAGUCAUUCCUCUCCAUGUGUAAACAUGUUCACUCUAGGAAUGUUGUACUUAACUGCUCUUGUGUUUCACAUCCCACAACAGCUGCAUCAGAUGCAGAUGAGCCAAGAGCAAAGAAGCAGAACAUGCAGGCGGUAUUGAACUUUUACUACAUUGUCAUUAGUAUGAGAAGAACAUGCAGGCCGUACAUAUUAAUAGUUGUGAGAUGAGCUACAGAUACAUCUAAUACAAGCAUGUAUCAGGAUCUACCGGUAGAUCACUGGACGUCUAUGGUAGAUCACCAGCUCCCCCCAAAAACCCUUAACAACUUUGGCUCCUCUAAAAAAAAGCUCAACAUUUUCCUCCUCCUGCACCCCCCAAAAAUGGGGCUUUCCUCCUCCCUGAAAAAAGCUCAGCUACUUUGGCCUGAACCCCCAAAAAGUGGGUAGAUCACUGCCAGUUUUUAACUCUGUGAGUAGAUCACAGUCUCUUGGGAGCUGGCCACCCCUGAUCUAAUAGAACAGCAGGGGAAACUGCACUGAUCACUGUUCCUUUCAUCUUUCUCUUUGAUGCAUUCAGCUUGUGCUCCCUUGAGGCUGGCUCCUUUCAGUGCUACUACACUGAUCUCAUAUUUGAGGUGGAAGCGGGUGUCACCAUAACAUACCACUUUGAUUCAUGGCACAAGCACCUGAAUGGAAGGGAUGCACAGAGGUUGUCUGUCGCUGGUCCUUUGCUCAACAUCCAAGCGGAUCCACUCGAGGCUGUGGCAGCCGUUCACUUCCCUCACUUCCUGUGCCUUGCAGGUACGGUAGGGGGGUGGGGAACCUUCCAAUGGUAUAACUGUAACUGGAGGAAUGAAUACUAAACAAGAAUACGAUAUAACAUGUGUGGGAUGUAAUCCACUGGGAGCAGUCAAGUACAACAUUACCUGUUUUGACUCAGAGAUGGCGGGUAAACAGGAAGGAGCUGUUACCAGGAGGGCUGGUGCGGAAAAAAGAAGGGCUAGUGUGCAGGAGGAGAUAUCUGGCUUUAAAGAAGAAUGGGAACAUUUUACAAAUUACUUAAAACAACAACAAAAUGAACUGGACUCCUUGGCAGGUUUUGAAUAAACAUACACAAAUUUAUUAUUGCUAACAUAAUAGACAGAUAAAUUAAGGAUCUUUACAAGUUUAUAUUAUGCAAAGAAUAAUAUGUGUUGAAAAAUCAGAGAGAGGAGCUGAGGGAAGUCUUGGGGGGAGGGAGGGAGGGUUUUUCUUGGGGAGGGGGAAGGGGAAAAUGGGGGAAAUGAAGAUGAUAUGUUUUUGAUAAUUUGUUAUGAUGAAAUUCUUAAUAAAAAUUAUUUUUUGAAAAAUGUUUAAAUAACCUCUAGAGCCACUGCCCUAAGCAAGCUACCUAUUAUUGACCCAUAUUCCAUUUGUGUUCCUUUUUUUUACAGAUGGGGACAGCUCCCAAGUCUACAUUGGACAUUUUGUGGAAGAGGGGAUGAGUCUAGAAAAGCCAAGCAGAGUGGGGUCACGUCAUGCUGUGUUGAGAAACCCCAAGUUCUCUCCCCGUGGAGUAGUUUUCAAAAAGCCUUGGUUUAAACGGAAGAUGAAGGUCCACUGCAUCACACUGCUCUAUCAAGUGCUUGAAGUUCCAGCUCAAAAAUUCCACCUAUACCUCCUCCCAAACGACUCUUCUCUAAGAAAGGUAAUUGGGAAUCUUUCACUUGCUAAGUGGCAUGAGACUUGCAAUAUAAUUAGAUGCAAGAACUGUGGGCAAACUCAUUCAUCAAGGUGUGCUUGGAUUGAUUGAUUGAUAUUGAUUGAUUGAUUGAUUGAUUGAUUGAUAGAUAUUGAUUGAUUGAUUGAUUGAUUGAUUGAUUGAUUGACGUUCUAGCAAACAUGAACCCACAUUAGCAAUUGCCCCCCACCAGCAUUAGUAUUCAAAUAUCCAGUAUAAAAAUAAACCCCUUUCCUUUGCUGGGCAGAAGCCAAAUGACUGUCUUCUUCUCUAGACACAGUGUUGUCAUCGAAUUGUGUAAAGAAAAUACCUUUAUGCCAGGUUAUGUAGCAUGUUGACUUGGAAGUCUUCCCUGAGGUGAGGCUUGGAAUUGGCUUAGCAGCUUGGCAUCUCCCUUGCAUGUCUCAAAAAUCACUCUGUUUGGGGGCCACUAGGGGGCGCAUCGGAAGAUGGCUGACAAUAACAUCUCUCCGACCCACAUGAGGUAAUUUGGAGGCUAUGAUGGGGGUAAUUAGCCUCCUUAACCCCUCCAGGAUUGUGGGGGGGACGGCCCUUGCCUGCUGUGCCCUAUACCACCCCAAAUUUGUGGGGAUGGGGGCACUAGGCACAAAGCCCUCCUGUGGGAUUCCGGCACUCCUCGAUGCCGUCUCUGAUCCGCGCCACUAGUUUGCAAGAAUCUUCAAAAGAAACAAUUUGGACGAGAUAAAUUGCACAUACUUUUAGGAUAGAUGGGGAGUUUUGACUGGUGAAAGAAGAGAUCUCUGAUAAAACAAGACAAGAAUAAGAUAUGAGAAGAUACGUCAAGAUACGGUAGGCCAAAUGACGGCGGGGGGAGGGGGGGAAAACCCUCCUUUAUUUCUCUAUGUGAUUAAACAAGAAUCCCCUCCCCUAAUGAGUCAGAAAUGUCGUUUUAAGGACUUAAGUUGUGGAUUUAAGGCUGUGUGGAGAUAAAUUUUCGAACCAAAGCAAUGUUCCAAGACGAAGCUGGAAAUUUAAGAGUUUUGGAAUGACGCAGUUAAAAAUGCCGUCGCCAUUUUGGGAGGCACUGUCGGAGCUCUUGAGUCUGGGAGGAGAAAGAGAGAAACAGAGUUGUUUACAUAUCGUGGACUAACUCCUCAGUGGGACUUAAGAGUGACAACUGCCUAAUUUAUGAUGGAAAGAGCGAUGUUAUCUACGAAGGAGAUGAUAUAUGGAAACCAUCUGGACUUAGAUUGGAAGAACGGGAAAUUCACACAGGAUUAUUAUAUUUGCUUAUCGGCUUAAGGAGACUAACAGAAGAGAUCAGUAAGGAAAAAGAGAAAGUAUAUGAACAAGAUAUGAUGUGGAAACACCAAGAUAAGAUUGGAUAGAACUAUGAACUCUGUUUGGACUGAUUGGGACUGAUUUGGACAUUAAUGCAGUAAUAAGAAGAUGAUUUGAAUCCCCCUUUGGAUCUUGAAGUAUGGGUUCCCCCAACAAAAUUUAAAAAUUUGGCUUUGUAAUUUGGAAUUUAUGUGAUGUGAUUUAAUUUGAUGUGAUUGGCCAGUUAAUAAAAAUUAUUAAAAAAAAACCACACAAAAAUCACUCUGUUUGUGCUUCCCAGACAGUCCAUGAGAAAGAAGAGAAAUGCCCUUCGUGGAGAUUGGAUAAACCCUCUGUCAUCCUCAAGCCUCUUAAGAUUGGCUCUCGCUUCUUUGUGCAGAAGUUAGAUGAUGUUGAAAUCUGCCCCAAGGUAAGACGCAAAAAUGAUGGAAAGUGUUACCUGGAGGGAGUCUGUGUGGUAUGAGAAGGGGACAGCUAUACCAGGAUCCCUUCAACCUCUUAUUUACUUCCCUUAAAAUUGGUAGACCAUGGGCUAAGCCAUAGUCACACAGCUUUCCCUCUUUCCUACAGGAACUGGAGCUUCAAUAUUUGCAUGCAGACAUGGAGCAGCAGUACCUUGAACUCUAUGCUGAACACAGGCAAGAUAAGUUCCACUUCAACCUGAUAGAGAAGAAAAGGGAUGAACUCAUCUGGGAGGCCUUUGUGAGACAAGGUGAGCUUUGCUCAAGGGAAGACUGCAAGAUUAGACCAUAGCUUGAAAAGGCCACAUGCACUCUCUGACUGCAUCUUCCCUGUUCUCUUUCAGAAGAGCUGAAAUCUUCUAACCCAACAGAAGGUCAGUAGGAAUGCAGUAAUAGCCUACCCAGGGUUGCACAUCUGGAAUGGUGCAUAUUCACUAUGGGAAAUUUUAGAGUGAGAUUUGGAAGUCAUCCUUGAAGUCUCUGCUUGCUUCAUGCAUCUGCUCAUUCUCUCUCUCUCUCUCUCUCUCUCUCUCUCUCUCUCUUCCAGCUGCUAGUGGCUACAUAGAGACUUCUGCACUGUUCCUCAGCAGUGCCUCUGGAACAUGCCAUGAGUUAUUUCUCAUAUUCUCAGCCAUUUUCUAUCCCUAUAAAUGUCUGGGAGGCAGGACAGCUUGAAGACAAAUUACGCCUUCUACUUUGAUCACCUCUCUCUAGAGCUCACUGUCUUGAAACAUCCUCUGCAGCCAUUUUUUAAAAAGAGCAUUUUCUUUUAUUUUUGUCUGACAGAGGCAAGCCCACCUCAUCCAAUGUCAGUCUCACCAAAACAACAUUUCAUUGAGCAACACCGGGAAGAGCUGAUCCAGCGGACCAGCAACGUGGAAGCGGUGCUGGAUAUGCUCCUAGGCACCAUUCUGAAUAAUGAGCAGUAUGAAACGAUCUCUUCGAAGGGAACCAACCAAGAGAAAAUGAGGGCGCUCUACAUGCUGGCGCCAAGUUGGAACCGCUAUUGCAAGGAUCUGCUUUACAAAGUACUGAAGAACAGAAAUCCAUAUCUUUUUGAUGAACUGGAAGGGAAAUGAGACCACAAUGAAGUCAAAGAGAGACAACAGGAACUCCAACUGCAUGUACUAUGUGACUUCAGUUCUUCCUUAAUCAAUAAAGAAGGGACCGUAUGAGGUCACUUCCUUAAUGCUUUUUUGGGGGGGGGAAUUUCCAACAAAGGAAAUAAUAUUAUGUAUUUGCCCCUGCAUGAGCUCUCUUUUGUUUAUCUUACUAAAAUGUGUGGUUCAUUCUUAGCAAUGAGGACAAAGAAGGGGAGGUCAGCUGACCACAAAUAAACAGGUGCAAUUGCCUAAUUCCUAGCUUGCAGUGAGCUGCAUUAGGGUUUUUUUUAUUCUGCUAAAAGGGCUUCACAGCCUGUUUCUCAAACACGUGUGGGACAGGAGGUUUAAAUUUUAAUUUACAAAAUUAAUCCUCAAUCCAUUGCCAUCAAAAUCAGCAAUUGCUGCUGGCUGAGCCUUGUCCUUUUCCAGUUUGUCCAUCACCAGAGAAGAGUGGGAGAAAGAAACUUGCUUAUUGCAAGCACCAGCAGCAUAAGGGAGAUGUCUCUCCCUAAGCAGGUGUCUUAAAAAUAAGGGGACUGCUUGCUUUGGCUGCACCAGUAGGGAACAGGCACGUCCACUGCCAAAUCAAGCAGCAUUUAAACACACACACCCCAGUCAUCAGCAGUGAGCUAUCAGAAAACGUACAAGGAUUUUAGGCUGACAGGUUUUUCAACCUAAAUCAGAUAAGUUCUGGUUUUAGAUUGAUAGAAAAAGUGUCACAGUUAUUUCUGAAAACCAGAGUUAUGGGAGCACAACAGAAUGGCAGGAAAUUGCCCAAAUCUCACAGUUGUUUCAUAUAUAUAUAUAUAACAAGCCUGAUCCUCUGUCACUUAACUGUGUCCCCUCAGCUUUUCUUUCAGCUUCUUCCCACCCUAACUUUUCUCUCAAUAGUCCAGCAAAAACGAAGCACUGCAAAACCAGCAAGCACUAAGCAUAGGUUUGUGCAAGGCAGAAAAGAAGUCCUCAAAGAGCUUCACAGGCUGAAGAGAUCUCCAGAAGAGUUCCUUCUGCAGUGUAGCAAAGAAGUGGGGAGAAAGAAUUGCAACAGGGGCUGCUCCAGGCUGGACUCUGGGCCUCAGGCUGAGCCCCCUGCCUCCCUCACACUAACUAGAGGGACUGGAAAUGGCAACAGAAUGAGACACUCCUUCCUGCUUACCUCUGCAGUGUGGGAUGUAAUCCAUUGGAGCAGUCAAAUACAACAUUUCUUGUUUCCCUAGAGUGGACACAGGAAAUGUUACUCCAGCCAAGGUAGAAUUUCCUGUUACACCUGGUCUGGAGCUUUCUCCCCCUGCAUGUGACCAAGUAGAUGAGCAUGACCCUUGCAGACCUAACAAAAGGCCCAGUCAUGCAACCAUCUCUCUCUCCUAUUUUGGCCACUGCUCCUGGUGCAUUUGAUGCUGUCUGCUGGCUCUCUGCCAGCAGCACAUAGGCCCAUCCUUACAAGGAUGUAAGCCACACUAGUCCUGAGAGGCAUGUAUUAGCUUCCAGGAUGUUUCCGAGCACAAUUCAAAGUGUUGAUGCUGACCUUUAAAGCCCCAAAUGGCCUCAGUCCUGUAUAACUGAAGGAAUGUCUCCACCUCCAUUGUUCAGUCUAGACACUGAGAUCCAGCGCCGAGGGCCUUCUGGCAGUUCCCUCACUGAGAGAAGUGAGGUUACAGGGAACCAGGCAGAGGGCCUUCUCAGUAGUGGCGCCUGCCCUGUGGAACGCUCUCCCAUCAGAUGUCAAGGAAAUAAGCAACUAUUCUAGUUUUAAAAGACAUCUGAAGGCAGCCCUGUUUAGGGAACUUUUAAUGUUGUAUGCUGUAUUGUGUUUUUAAUAUUCAAUUGGGAGCUGCCCAAAUUGGCUGGGGAAACCCAGCCAGAUGGGCAGGUUAUAAAUAAUAAAUUAUUAUUAUUAUUUCUGGGAUCAUACUUUGAAUUGAAUGUGAGUAAACAUUUCAUUACUUAUAAUGAAGACUCUUGUGUCUUUUUUCUUUUAGGAGGGAAUCAAAGGGGUCUUACCAGGAAUAUACCAUAUUUUUUGGUCCAUAAGACGCAUCUGACCAUAAGACGCACCUAGUUUUUAGAGGAGGAAAACGGGGGGGGGGGGGAAUAUUCUGAAUCAAAUGUUGUACUCAACUAUUUAAUAAACUACCAGUAUAAUAUCAGAGUGAGACGGAGAGGGACAGGAGCUCUAUGUUUCUUUAGCAUGCGCGCUCAAGGAGCGGGGAGGCAGCACACCCCCGGACGGACCUGACACAGGAAUCCCAGCAGCCUCCUCUCGUGUAAACGGCUCCUCUCCCUCUUUGCUGCUUUAAAGUGAGCCCGUCCCUCCCUCCCUACUCCACAGCUCGCUUUAAAGCAGCAAAGCAGGACAGGAGCCACUUACACCUAGCUUCCUGCUGUGUAUAGAAGGGAAUGAACUCUGCUGUAUGACUCACUAGCUUGAGUUAGGAAGGAUAAUAUUUAAUCAAUAUAUCCUCUCCUACUAUCCACAAUUCCCACAUGCAGCCUCUCCUGUUUUGUGCUUUUUUACAGGGCUCAGCUGGUGCUGACUUUGAAUGGGUGUGAUGGUGAAGAUCCUCCACAGCCAUCUUUUGGACAUCUUGAAGGACUUGGGGAGGAGGAAUUCAAGAAGUCCAAGGGCAAAUUCAUUCAGUUCCUUUAGUGAGCAGGUU